AUGAUGGAGGACCACGUAUUUGCAGUUGGCCAAGAAUUCCCGGACGUGAAGUCCUUCCGCAACGCGAUCAAGGAUGCCGCAAUUGCCCAGCACUUUGAACUCCGGAUCAUCAAAAGUGAUCUCGUCCGAUACAUAGCCAAAUGCGCGGUUGAUAACUGCCCGUGGCGCGUGCGUGCUGUCAAGCUCCCAAACUCCCCAACCUUCGCCAUACGAAGCCUGGACCCCAUGCACACAUGUGGAAAAAACGUGCACGCGUGCCAUCACCAGGCGUCGGUCGACUGGAUUGUGAGCUUCAUAGAUCAAAAUCUUCGUGAGAACGUGAAUUACAAGCCAAAGGACAUUUUACAAGACGUAUAUAAGCAGUAUGGAAUAACCAUACCGUACAAGCAGGCCUGGCGGGCCAGGGAGCGUGGGCUCCAGGCCAUAUACGGGUCCUCUGAAGAAGGAUACUACUUUCUCCCGGCAUACUGUGAGCAAAUUCGGAAAACAAACCCGGGUAGUAUAGCCGAGGUGUUUACCUCCGGUUCGGAUAAUCGGUUCGAACGUUUGUUCAUCUCUUUUCGCGCUUCGUUAUGCGGGUUUGUUAGAGGUUGUCUCCCGAUUAUCGGUCUCGGUGGGGUUCAGCUCAAGAGCAAGUAUCUCAGCACAUUGCUUUCGGCCACGUCAGUCGAUCCGAACGGUGGGUUGUAUCCCGUGGCCUUUGGUUUGGUCGAUUUGGAAAGUGACGAGAGCUGGAUGUGGUUCCUCUCGGAAUUGAGUAAAGCGCUCGAAACGUGUACUGAAAUCCUGCCGAAUAUUAUUUUUCUAUCCAAAUGGGAAAAGGGAGUGGGGGAUGCCGUGAAGAGAAACUUCCCGGGCUGUUCUCACUAUAAUUUGAGAAUUUCUGAAUUUUGGGAUGAGUUUGCUGGGAUUGUGGAGAAGGUUUUUACAAAGGGAUUUGGUUUGGAAAAACAAGCGGGAUGGUGA